AUGCAGUACAGAAUGAGUGGUGUGCAUACAACAAUUGAAACAACUCUAGAAAAAACGUUCGAAAAAGCCAUCACCAUUUCGUCGAUUGCGAUUAAACGCAGGCCAACGCUGCCGCAAACGCCAGCGAGUGCCCCACAGGUGUUGUCACCAAAACGACAGUGUGCAGCAGUUUCCGUCAUACCACAACUGCCUCCACAAGUUCAAUUUGCUUCUCCGGCAACAGCAGCAGCCGCUGCCGCAGCCGUAGCACUAAGUUCCGCUGCCAAGGUUGCCGCCGUCGGUGGUGGUCAUCAAUUAUUUAAUCCGGCUGCCGUGGCCGCUCACCAUCCACAUCCACAACACCACCAUCCACAUCAUCCUUCGGCUGCGACACAUCAUCACCAGCAACAACAGAGGGCUGCUGCCGCCGUUGCUGCCGCUGCUGCUGCACAGCAACUGCAUCCAAUUCUGAAUCAAUCACUGCAUCAUCAAUUCCAACAGCAUCACCAUCAUCAACAGCAACAGCAUCAACAACAGCAACAACAAGCAGUAGCUGUUGCAGCAGCAGCUGCUGUCCAGCAACAAAUUCAGCAGGCAGCGUUACGUCAUCAUCAUCAUCUACAACAACAGCAACAUCAACAACAACAACAACAACAUCAUCAUCAUCAACAGCAGUUGCAACAUCAUCAUCAACAGCAAUUGACACACCACCAACAACAACAACAACAAUCUUCGCAGACUUCAGUUUCAACAGCAAUCAAAUUUGCUACAAAUAUCAUCACCAAUAAUAACAACAACAACACCAAUAAUAUAAACAAACAAAAUUCACCAAUUGUAUCAUCAACAACAAGUAUUAUCAACAAUAACAACAACAACAACACUAACAACAACUCAAGUAACUGUCUUGUAACAACUUCGGUGGGAACAACAACUGUAAGUGAAUCAUCAAUAUCACCAGAAGGAAAUUCAAGCAACAGUGAUAAUAGCAACUCACCAAUUGAAAGUACAACACCGACAAAUACGAAUUUGAACAACAAUAACUACAAUAACACAAGCAACAGCAACAACAUGGAAAAUUCAAUGGCAUUAGCACCACUUGGAUUGUCACAGAGCAUGGAUUCGGUGAAUACAGCCAGCAAUGAAGAAGAGGUUCGGACGCUUUUUGUGAGUGGUUUACCAAUGGAUGCUAAGCCACGAGAAUUAUAUCUGUUAUUCAGAGCUUAUGAGGGUUAUGAAGGAUCUUUGCUAAAGGUGACCAGCAAAAAUGGAAAAACUGCAUCGCCAGUUGGUUUUGUAACAUUCCACACCAGAGCCGGAGCAGAAGCAGCUAAACAGGAUUUACAGCAGGGUGUACGCUUCGAUCCCGAUAUGCCCCAAACAAUUCGCUUGGAAUUCGCCAAGAGUAACACAAAAGUGAGCAAACCCAAACCACAGCCCAAUACAGCGACAACAGCCUCACAUCCUGCAUUGAUGCACCCACUCACUGGACACUUGGGUGGACCAUUCUUUCCCGGUGGACCGGAGCUAUGGCAUCACCCAUUAGCGUAUUCAGCUGCAGCGGCUGAUCUACCUGGAGCUGCAGCAUUGCAGCAUGCGACACUAGUCCAUCCGGCUCUGCACCCUCAAGUGCCGACCCAAAUGGCUAUGCCGCCCCAUCAUACAACAGCAAUACACCCAGCCUCGAUGCACAUGUCAGCUGGUCUACCGCAUGGUGCCACCGCUGCAGGGCAUCAUUUUUUAUCCAGUCCCGCUUUGGCCAGCCCUGUUGGCUCCGGCGGUAACAAUCAUUCAUCUAAUCCCCCCAUGGCUGCAAAUGCUCCAUGUUCAACGUUGUUUGUUGCUAAUCUUGGACAAUUUGUCUCUGAGCACGAACUCAAAGAGGUCUUUUCAAGUAUGCCUGGCUUUUGUCGCCUCCGAAUGCACACAAAAGGUUCGCACAAUCUCACUUCUUCUUCUACAAGCACAACUUCUUCUACUUCUACUGCUACUACAACUGCAAAUCUUGGCACAGGUGGUAACGCCGGCAGCAACAACAACUUGAGUAUCAACAUUAUCAACCAAAACAAUACCAACAACCAGAAUAUUACAAAUCAACAAUUUCUCGGCAAUAACAACAACAGCAACACUGCAAAUUCCGUUCUUAACAACCCUGUUGCUUUUAUUGAAUUCAAUGACGCUACAAGUGCAAGUGCUGCCAUGAACCAACUUCAAGGUAAAUAUCUUCUAUCAUCGGACCGUGGAUCCAUACGUAUUGAGUAUGCCAAAACUAAAAUGGUCAACGACAUUACUGCAGCAACAGGGCCACCAGUUGCAACCGCAACAGCAACAGCAACAAUAUCAUCUCUCAACAAUAAUGUCAUGCCACGCAUGAAUAAUGUGACAAUUAAUCCAACAAUGGCGGUAUUCAAUCCAAAUGAAUGCCAUCGUCAAUACAUGAACGGUCAGAAUUAUGAUAUUUUUAUGAUGGGCGGAGGAGUUCCGGUCAGUUGCAGCACUUUGCCAACCAUAUUAACCACCUCCACAGCCACAAAUUUUACCAAUAAUAACAAUCUUACCAAUAAUCGUAACGCACUACAACCAGUUGUUGUAAAUUCACUACAGCACCAUCAAAACCAUCAGCACCAAAAUCAUCUUUUUAGAGACAGGAGCGGGUAUGGAAUCAAGGCAUGAUUUACUCAGUAAGAAAGCAGAACGUGAACUUCAUCAUCAGUUUUUAAUGACAGCACCAACUUGACCCGUUUCUACGUCAUCAAAUACAUCAACAACAGCAAUAUAUCCAGGAGCGGCGGGACCAGGAGGAGGAUUGUACUCUUAUGUACUACCAACAGCAUCACAUGUAGCGGCAUAGCAUAUUUGUUUUCCAACUUAAAACAAAAUUAAUUAUAUUUUUCUAUAAUUUAUUCUGUUCUAUGUGCGCAAAAUUUAAUUCAAAAGAACAUCUUUUUUUCUUACAAAUACUUAACAAAUUCAUCAGCAGAUAUCUCAUGCUUAGGAAAAGGAUAACGGCUUACAAAAUAUAGCAAGAAAAGAACCUAUUCAGCUUAAGUUAAAAAAAAAAAUAUUUUGAACAUAAACAAAAUUUACAUAUAAAUAUAAUAUUUAAAGUAAAUUAAAUAAUAAAUUGCAUAGUUCUUAUGACUGUGAAUAUUAUUGUGAAAAAUUAUAAUAACAUUAUUAUAAAAAAUAUUAGGAUAUUAGAAAAAAAUAACGCUAAUAUUUAACCUAACAAAAAAUUAAAAAAAAAAAGAAAACAUUGAGAAUCCUAAAAAAAUAUCUUACAGGAACUUUUUCUAGUAUUUAAAAUAAUUUACAAGUGACGUUAGUGCAAUUCAGCUUUUAAUUUUAUUAUUUUUGAAAAUCUUCUUAAAUACAACAUUUUGACCAAAAUUUUUAUCUACAUCAAUAUAUUUUUCUUAAAUUCACUUGAGCUGAACAAGUCAAUUGGAACAUAAAAGUCUAUUGUAUGUGCAUUUGUUAAUCAAUCGGCAUAAUUUAUUCAAAUUCAGCUCAGUAGAUGUACUUUUUGUUUUAUUUAUUUUUCAUAGUUCAUAAGCUGAAUUGUAUUUUUAUAAAUGUUUUUCUUUUUUGUUUGUAAUAAAACUAUUUGAUAUAUACAAACAUAUAUAUAUAUAUAUAUAUUAAAAGAAAAUAUUUAAAUAAAAUAUAUAUAAAUAUAGCUUAACCGAAUGUGCCCUUUACAUAGCUCUCUUUCUAGAUUUAUAAAAAUACAAAAAUUAAAUAAAUUAAAAUUUAAAAUAAAAAAACAAAGUAAAAAACAAAUAAAUAAAUACAAAAUAUAUAAAAAUGAUUAAUAGGGUUAAACUUGUACAGUUUCUAUAUAAUCACAUAACGUUUCUUGUAAAAAAAAUGUUAAACAGAAAAAAAAAAACAAACAAAAAAUUCUGGAAGAACAACGAUACAUUUUUGUUUCUUUUUUUCAAAUAAAAUUAAUAAAAAAAAAAGAAUUAUAAUUAAAAGUAAAAUAAUAAAAAAAUUAAAAUUAAUAUAGAAUAAAGCAACGCAGAGUAGGAAAUAAAUUAAAAACUUGAUAAAAUUUUAAUUAAAAAAAAAAAAAGUGAAUGAAAGUAAAAGAAGAACUUAAGGGUUUCACGUUUAUUAUUAUUAAAUAAAACAAUACAAAAUAAUUGUAAUAAUUUUAAGCAUAAAAACUAAUAAUUUGAAGCUUAAGUGAAAAAAUGUCUCUAUUCCUGGCUUUUAAAAUAGAAAACAUUUUAUUAAAUCAUAUUUUAAAAAAAUAGUUAAAAUGCUAUAGGAACAGAAACUAUUUUCCUCCUCUUGAUUGAACAACUAAAAACAAACUGUUUUCCGCCCACAGUAAAAAUUAAAUACAUAAAAUGGCAAGACAAACCAAAACUAAAACAACUUACUGAUUAAAAAAAGAAUAAAGUUAAAAAACGCAAAAUCCAAUGAAACAUCUUAAAGCAACAAAAACUUAAUGCAAGAACAAUCAAUUUUGUACUUGGAGAAAAAUACUAAAAGUAAAGAGAAACUGAAACCCAACACAAAAACAAGAAGUAAAAAAUGAAUAACAUCAUUUACAUAUCAUAUUUCGUAGAAAUUUGUGAACAAAAACAGAGAAAAACAUUAAUAUACAUAAAUAUUAUAUAAUUAUUCUAGGUAUACAACAUGUUUAGAGAAAAAAUAUAAAAAUUACUUAAAGCGAGUAAAAAAAAUCGGUAACGUAAUUCCGUUUUUAAGGAUAAAUGUUUAUAUAAUUUUAUUUUGCGUUGAGAUAUGCUAUUCAGCGGAAUGUGGAUCCUUGCUUUGUUUGAAUUCGAACCUUUCAUAUGAUUUAUUCUAAGAAAAAAGUAGUAAGAAAUAUAAAACACCCUUGUAAACGUUACUAAAUGUUGAACGCAAUAAUAUACCCUCUUUUUUUAAAAACAUUAUUCAGAUUUCAUAAAAAUUCAAAUGUAAUCUGAUGUAAUGUAAUUCUUGCAUAACCACCAGACCAAUUUUAUUGAUAUUCACAAAACUUUACUUUCAGUUAAACUGAAGAUUUGUCCUAAAUCUUGAUUAAAAAAUUCGUAGCCCUUCGUAAUUGGUUCAUUAAUUUUUUUAUGUACUCAAAACCUUCGUAUAACUUGUUCAAAAGAUCGUAAGAAAAUAAUAUUUUCUCAAAAAGUUUGAAGUAAAUGACAUGAGUCAAUGAAACUUGUAUGGAUCUCUAUACUGAAUUUUUCGUGAAUGUUUACCUCUGCGAGUAAGUAACUAUGUAAAUAUAGAUGCAAUAAAGCAAGCGGAAUGGUUGUUGCGAAUCUGGUCCGAGUCAAGCUCUGAUAUUUCCAAAAUAAUAAUUGAUUACACUCAAACAAAAAUAAUAAGUGAUGAUUUAUUUCAAUUAAAAAAAAAAAUAAACAAACUGCUGAAAAGCUAUUUCUCCGUACCAUUAUUGUUACUAAUUUUUACAUCAAAUGUAUUUUUUUGUUAAACAAAUAGUUUUGUUUAGUAGCAGUACCUUGCGGAUAUAAAUGUUCUUUUUAAGUCAUAGCAAUUACCAAAGCUGUCCUUAUUUUAUAGUUUUUAUUUUUAAUUUAAAAAAAAAAAUAUAUUUAAUACCAAAGGCAUACGUUUUAAAUUUAAUCCAAAGUUUUCAUUAAAAUAUUUGUAUCUUAUUUAAUUUUAAGAAAAAAUCUGAAAUACAGAAAUAAAAAUUGGAUCUUUAAGUUUAUUUUCAUUCCUUAUUUAUUUAAACUAAAAAAAAUAAACAUUUAAAGAUUUUCAAUUUGUUAUUUUAAGUAAUUUAAUGGAAAUUAAUUUAUAAAUUAUAUAUUCCGUCCAAGAGAUAUAAGAAAACUAUACAAAAAAAAAAAAAAAACAAA